AUGCGUGCUGACAUGGCUGUCUGCCUGUACUGGAAGAGUUCACCGCAUCUUGGCAACCCGCCUGACCUUAUCGCGAUUCAAUAUCCCAAAAAUUCGACAAUGUCUGGGUACGGUACCUUUGAUGUGAAGGGACUUACGAAAGGCGGAUACCUGGUGUGGGACCAUUUUCUAACGGUCGCGCCCAGAUCAGACGGGAUGCGCGCAGGGGUACGGAGUACAUACUUGGAAGGGGGGAGGUCCAAGAAUCUCGGUCCAAUUGAGAGCUCCGCUCCACAGUCCCACCGUUCCGUCUCGUCGUUUCUUGGUGUGCCGCCCAUCUCCAGCUACCACGGUAUGUACGCCCAAACGUUGAAACAAGCCACCAGCAACAACACCACCGAAUCCUACACUAUGUGCUUCUCUGACAUCCACCUCGUCCACCACCCUCCACCGGACCAGGCUCCUGACUCCUCCCUCAUCCUCGGCUUUACCUGCCUGCCCUUGCAACCCCCUUCCCUGUUCGGUUUCUGCCUGCCGGCGGAUGUCGAUUUGCAGCAUAUCUUGCGGAGCUAUCCAAGCCGCACUUGGGGUCUUCUACAGCAUCCUUGCUCCCUCACUGUUGACGAUGCUGAAUUUUCUGACAGAGCCAUGGAAAUGAGCCCAUUACCCCAUUACCUAGCUAUUCACGCUAUUGUUUCUGUGGAAAACAGCCCCCAAGACCCCAAAUGCCCUUGGCCCCCUUCUCCAGAGUCCAGAUACCUAUCUAGCCACCUAGCGGAUCGAAUGGCUACCCUUACUAUCAUGAGUCGCUCUACUUCCUAUGCUCAAGACGAUUCAUUUUGUUUCAUGAUAUGCAUUCUCAAAGUCCUGCGAGUGCCUCCUCUGAUCUCAAAUUGGUGCUUGCCUGUCUCUGGUCCACGAAUACAUUUGCCCCUUGAUGUCUCCAAUUUCCAAUUCUACAUGGGCAAGCGAGACCGAGACGGAGACGUUAGCAUAGCAAUGGAAGGCAGCAAGGCUUAUUGCCACAUUCUGAGAAAUGAGCUUGGCACCUUCCGUGCCAAUAUAUCCUUGUCGUCUUAUUGCAUUUCUGUCAUCCACGGAUGCAGUGCAGUUCUUUCUUGUCCACUGCCCAACUCCAACUCCAAUCCAACACCAACAUCAAUGCCUGACGUCGAAACGGUCAACACAACCACCCACACCAGCAACCUCGGAUCAUCUUUCGCAUACCAUGCAGCUGCCAUGACCUUGACCUUGUCGACAACAUCCAAGAAAGAAAAGAAAAGCGGUAGCCUCGGAGGCAAAGUUAGUUUCUUUCAUGAGCAGACAGGCUCGUUUACAGUCAUGCCAUCGAAUGACUUGCUUCAUCCUUCAAUACUGUGCCACGAGGCACACACCCUCGAGCUUCCGCUGCAGCCUCAGCCCGUAUUGCUUGCCGGCAUGACUUGGGAUCCUUCGCCUGCUACCUACUAUCACCACCAACUCGUCUUAGGUAGUGCCCGCCAACGAACGUUGGUUGUGGUUUCACUGGCGAUUUGGUUACCCAUUCGCAAGGCUCGAGUCGGGCCAAUGCAGACGCCCACGACAUCCGAUUCCAGAACCCCGCUUACCCGCGAACCUGGGCCCAUGGCAUUGGCUGUCUUUGCGGGCCAGGACCACGAUCACGAUCGCUGCCCAUGCAAGGCCACACCCCCAGUGGCUGCACGCAUGCCCUUUCCUGGUCGUUGCCACAGCGUGGCGAGUUGCUGGCCUGCUGCUCCGCUGCUCCUGGCCUCCUUUGGCACUGCUUUAUCGGUACAAGGCCGACUUGACAGGUCGUGGACUGCUGGGAAAUGGCCUGCACUAUUGAGUAUACCCUCGGACGCUACCACAUGGCUUUUUUUCCGACUCAUUCCCGUCGAUCCAGGAAACAUCCAAGAGAAAGAGCGUUUAUUGCUGGCUACUGAUGACCACUCGUUAUGCUUUCAAGCCAUGGGAACUCCUAUCGAUGCCAAAAUUACCGCGAAAAAUCCAUAUGGGCCAAAAUCUUUGCCCGAGACCUGCCACGCCUGCGUCAAUGGUCGAGACCGUCUAUUCGGUUCCACAUUCGGCGGUGGCAGACUUUUUGGCCUUUUUGCGGCUCUAUUCCUGAAAUAUCCCUUCUUCGUUGAAGUGUCCCGGACGGAAAAUUGUUCCCGCGUUUACGAUUCCUGCUUGACUUACGACGACACAAUCUUCGCAGCGUGCACCAUGAACGUUGACCCAACCAGGGCAGUCAACGCCAUGCUUGUAUCUGUUGACGCAGGGGUAUCGGUCCAUAUUGAAUGGUUCUUCGGAAAGUUCAGCAACGAGUUGCGAGAGGGCCCUCUUUAUACUUUCGAGGUCGGCCUUCGGCUUCUGGAAAUCGCACAAGUCCUUCUAGUUGCCUACGUCUGCCUUGCACACUUGCAGGAUCAUGUUUACAAGAACGUCGAAAAGGUUGCAGUCUGCAUGCUUACUGCACGCAGACUGCUAAUUACGGCAGAUUCUCCUUUGGACAUAGAAAAGUCAAUGACCCUCGCCUUGGAGCAACUACUCCAUACCCACUUGAUACUAUACACCCGCACGAGGCGAAGCAUGACUUCAACCGUGGCCCAUGCUUCCACUGAAAGCAAAUUUAACAACUUUCGCUACCCGGGUUUCCCGGUGGAGGGUAGUCCUAUCCCCUCCUCGGCGACGUGCUGGCCCCUCAACCUUCUGGGCGAGCUCGAAAGGAUCCUGGCCGCUGGAUCUCAAUUUUCGGCUUGCUGCAGGGUAUCGUCCAGAACGGACCCCGGAAGCUCGUGCGACAUGAGACGCAUCCAGGACGCCCAUGAGGCUCAAAGGGGUGCAGUGAUGGGCAUCGUGAUCUGCAGGAGCCCGCGACCUGACAGGCGGGGAGGGACGGAUGUGAAGCCGUUGACACCACCAAAGACGCGGGCCAAGCCACUGAACGCCGUCCCGAAUAACCGCAGAUUUGGAUGGUAUGCUGCGGUACGGUACCAGGACGAUGCGGACAGCUGCAUGCCGGCCUUUUCAGUCUCGCUGACCAUCCUGGUUAUUCAGCUAAUGCAGAGUCGUCCCGAAAGAGUCGAGCCGUCGAGGAUCCUUCGCAAGAAAACCACGCGCCACGUUGUAUCAGACAAGGCAACGCCGCCGUACUUCCCCUCAUUCAAGGUUUGGAGCACGCAAACCGACGUCUAUCCAUGGCUAGGGGAGCUUACUGGAUCAUUCAUCAGAGUCAACUCCCAAUCAACAUACCAGGUAGUCAGCUGCGCAAAUCGGUUCGACAAUCUCCAUCGCGUAUCUGUACCUGGGUUCAACACGAUGAUCCUCGUACGAGACGACCACGUCGCUACACAUGGAACAGCGGAUCCCCAUGAUAGUCUGGCGGGAAACAGUGGGACAGAGCCCGUUGAAGUCCUGCGCAAAGCAUCACGAAGCAUGGUCUCCGCUUUCAACUGCCCUCAGAAGCGGUUCCAUGAUAGACGCCCGGAUUCUUCUCGCGCCGUGGAAACUCAUAGACGGCCCCUGAAAUUUACGAUUCGCCCGUUCCAGGUGUGCCGAACCAGCAUUGACAGAGAGAAGAAUGUCUGCCCAGCCAGCCAUGGCGGAUCGGCCGAGGCGUUUUUGUCUUUGACUUACGGGGCGGAUGGCCGGAACAUUUCGCGGGGCGCCUCGACAGCUCGUCAUCUACUGAGGAGCUUUCGAGGAAGCCUCCCAGGAAUUGCUGAUAAGAACGACUACAUGAGGAAAGCCGAAAGCCUGGGUAGCUGGCAGCUUCCCCACACGGGCUAUUGCUGUGUCACUGCCACUCUGGCCACCGGAACUACCCAUCAACGACGGAGGGAAGUCUAUCCUAGCGGUGGCGCCAGAGCAACAUGGCCAUCAUGCAGAUAUGGUCUCGACGUCUUGGCUAGCAUGCCUAUAGGCAGGCUCCUGCUCAUUCCUCCCGAAGAGGAUGUAGGAGCAAGUAGCACUUGUCUGCUGGAAUGUCUGGCGAACUGGAGCAUGGGGGAAACGGGCGCGAUGACACUAUUCCCAUUCGGACUUUAUUUAUAUCUCGGCGGUGAUUCGUCGACAGCACCUCAACCCCUCUCGUUGAACGUCGCCUGGAUGCCGAGCUCUUUUGUUUUCGAGCAUGGGCAACGUGCGUGUUGUAUGGUUUGGCCGCAUACUCCGGGGCUUCCUGCAGAUUCUCAGGCUGACGCGGUAGACUCGAAUACCUCAAACUUGCCGACAAAAAAGAAUUCGCGGAUCGCCCCUACGGCUUUACCCGAAAGCAUGGCCGAAGGCUUCGACAACGCUAGUCGGGAUGUCACAAUGACAUGGCCUAGCGUUGUGGCUCUGGAUAACCUCUGCUUUGACUCGACUCCUCUCUCUGGCCCCGUUCAAGUUUUCAACUCACGGGUCCCCGACUUCGGUGCUAGGUGCGUGUGGAAACUUGAGUACUUGGGAUACAGGAGCCUUGGGCGCAGUCGGACAGAGACGAGGGGCCGCCGUCGAGACAACAGAAGAGAGCCGACCUGGCGUCUUCUGCCUUCUUUCCAGAAUGUCCAGCUGACGUUACAUGUGCAGCAAGCGGCGGCAUAUUAG